AGGGAGUGGUCGUCUGAACACCACGAGUCUGUGCUCUCUGUGCUCUGUGUGUGCUCUGCUGCUCUGUGUGUUCUCUGUGCGUGCUCUGGGUGUGCUCUUCUGCUCUGGGGGCUCUCUGUGCUGGGUGCUCUCUGUGCUGUGUGUGCUGUGUGUGCUCUCUGUGUGUGUUCUCUCUGUGCUCUCUGUGCGCUCUAUGUGUGUGUUCUCUCUGUGCGCUCUCUGUGUGUUCUCUGUGUGUGCUCUGUGUGUUCUCUGGGUGUUCGCGCGGCGAUGCCUUUCGGCAGACAUCGCCGCCGUCUCUCUCAGCCUUCUCCUCCCGCUCUCUGCUUCCUCCAGUAACAAGGGCACGACGUACGUGGCGUGCAGGCAGACAGGCAGGGCAGGCAGGACAAGGCAGGGCAGGCAGGCGUACAGGCAGGACAGGCAGGCAGAGAUCUCCGGAGGCGAUGCACCCCACGCGGACUCUCCUCCUCAUCAUCGUCGUGGCAUCGCUCAGCUCGCCGAGCGCAUCCAGCCGAGGAGCGGGGGUUGCCGGCGGCCUGGGCCAGGCCCUGGGCAGCUACAUCCGCCGCUACGAGGGCCUCUCCUACGACACAGAGGACGUCCACACGCAGCACGAGCGCGUCCGGCGCGCCGCCCUGGGCCGGCAGACGGCGCAGCUCAGCCUCCGCUUCUCGGCGUACGGACGGGACUUCCACCUGCGGCUGCGGAGAGACGUCUCCCUCUUUGUGGACGACUUCCGGGUGGAGACCAGCGGCGUGGAGGAGACGUACGACACGUCGCACAUCUACACGGGCUCGCUGCACGGCGAGCCGGGCUCGCGGUGCCACGGCUCGGUGCUGGGCGGGCGCUUCGAGGGCGUCGUGACGACCGCCACGGACGGCACCUUCUACGUGGAGCCGGCGGAGCGCUACCCAGAGACGGGGACCGCCGCCACCGCCGCCGCCGCCACCACCGCCGCCGCAGCCGCCACUGCCACCGCACCCUUCCAUUCCGUCAUCUACCACGAGGACGACAUUGACGACCCCCGCGACCAUGGAGGCGGCCGCGGGGAGGGUGGCGGCUGCGCCGAUGGCGCCGUCUUCCAACGCAUGGCCGCGUUCCAGCGCCGCGCGGGGCACGUGGAAGAUGAUGACGGAGCACGUGACCAGAGUGGCGGUGGUGGCGGUGGCGGUGGUGGCGGUGCCGGUGCCGCGGUGCGUGGCACACGCAGCGUCCCGGGGGACAGGAACACGUGCCUCCUCUUCAUCCAGGCCGACCACUUCUUCCACAAGUUCUACGGCAGCCGCGAGGCCGUCAUCGCACAGAUUGCGAGCCACGUGAAGGCGAUCGACAGCAUCUACCAGAACACCAACUUCAACGGAAUCCGGGGCAUCAACUUCAUGGUGAAGAGGGUCCGGAUCAACGGCACGGAGGAGGAGCGCGACCCCACCAACCCCUUCCGCUUCGCCAACAUCGGCGUGGAGAAGUUCCUGGAGCUCAACUCGGAGCAGAACCACAACGACUACUGCCUCGCCUACGUGUUCACCGACCGCGACUUCGACGACGGCGUGCUCGGCCUCGCGUGGGUCGGAGCCCCCGCCGGGAGCUCGGGCGGCAUCUGCGAAAAGAACAAACUGUACUCGGACGGGAAGAGGAAGUCGCUGAACACGGGCAUCAUCACGGUGAAGAACUACGGGGCGCACGUGCCCCCCAAGGUGUCGCAUAUCACCUUCGCCCACGAGAUCGGCCACAACUUCGGCUCGCCGCACGACUCGGGCCUGGAUUGCACCCCGGGGACGUCGCUGAGCCCCGACGCCAAGGAGCGCGGCAACUUCAUCAUGUACGCACGCGCCACCUCGGGCGACCGGCCCAACAACAACCGCUUCUCGCCGUGCAGCAUGCGCAACAUCAGCCUCGUGCUCGCCUCCAAGCGCCACCACUGCUUCGUCGAGUCUGGGAACCCCAUCUGUGGGAACGGCAUCGUGGAGGAGGGGGAGGAGUGCGACUGCGGCUACCGGGACCAGUGCCGCGACCAGUGCUGCCACAACGCGGACGAGGAGCAGAGCAAGCGGUGCCGCCUGAGACCCGGCAUGCAGUGCAGCCCCUCCCAGGGCCCGUGCUGCACGCGCCAGUGCCGCUACCGCGGCGCCGCCGAGCCGUGCCGCAACGCGUCGGAGUGCGCCCUGGACGGGCGCUGCGACGGGCGCUCCUCGCCGUGCCCACCGUCGCCCCCACGCACCGACUUCACCGUGUGCAACGCGGGCACCCAGGUGUGCCUCAAGGGGCUGUGCGAGGGCUCCAUCUGCGAGCGCUACGGCUUGGAGGAGUGUGCCUGCGCCAACGCCGACGACCAGGAGCUGUGCCACGUGUGCUGCAUGGAGCGGGGCAACGCCGACUCGUGCUCCAGCACGGGCUCGGACAGCUGGCAGCGCUACUUCUCGGGCCACGUGGUGACGCUGCAGCCGGGCGCCGCCUGCAACGACUUCCGCGGCUACUGCGACGUGUUCUCGCGCUGCCGCCUCGUGGACGCCGACGGGCCCCUGGCGCGCCUCCGCAAGGCCAUCUUCGACCCACAGCUCUACGAGACCAUCGCCGAGUGGAUCGUCGCGUACUGGUGGGCCGUACUGCUGAUGGCGCUGGCGCUGGUGCUGCUCAUGGCGGCGUUCAUCCGCGUGUGCAGCGUCCACACCCCCACCAGCAACCCCACGCUGCCCCGGCACAAGCCGCUGCCAGGAACCCUCAAGAGGAACCGUUCCGCCGCGAAGACGGCCAAGCCGACGACCCGGCCAGCGGACACCAUCGAGAUGGGACGACGGACGUAGCACUUCUCCUCCCUCCCUCCUUUUCCCCAUAACCCCCCUCGCCCCCCCCCCGCUGUGUCUUCCUCCUCUCUCCCGUUCUCACCACAUCUCCCUCUCACCUCUUGCCGCCUCCUUUUCCCCCUCCUCCCCCUCGACAUUCUCUUUCUUCUCCCCGUCGUGUCCGUCCCUUAUCACCCCUUUCCCUCGCCCCACAAACCCUUCCUCUUUCUUCCUACCCGGUCACUCCCCCACCCCACCCCUCUUCACCAGCUGUCUAAGCAGCGUCGCCUCUCAGGACCUCACAUCCGGCGCAAGCAGCGACGUGCGCUCGCAUCGGGAGGCACGGGCACGGCCGCCCGGCCCUCGGGGAGUCUCAGGAGCUCGCAGCGUCAACGUUGGAUUCCGUCGCGGGGUUUUAUCGCACACUCCCCUCCCUCCGUGCCCCCGUUACCUUGCCCCCGUUACCGUGCCCCCGUUACCGUGCCCCCGUUACCGUGCCCCCGUUACCUUGCCCCACGCGCCUGUGACCGAGCACCUUUUGAGGCAGGGUUGGUGGACCGUGGAGGGAUUACGGUGUGCGAGAGACACCCCCCCCCCCUCCACCCCUUCCCUCUCCCGAGCCUACACAGGCGAUUGGGGAGGUGGCGGUACAGGAAGUAGGUUGUUGCCUCUGGUAGGCGCUCCGGGUUUCCUCCCACGCGAAUAAUCUUGAAGCGAACGCACAAACUCGACGCAUUCGUCAGUAACACUCGUGCGUGUGUGUGUGUGGUCCUAACAAGUUAAAAAUGUUAAAAAAAAAUUAGAGCCAACGUUUCGGGCAGGGGCCCUUCUUCAGAGCCAGGGGGAUUAUCCGCCGGUGUUAUUGACGUGGAUGCGUUGAGUUGUUGUUGUUGUUGGUGGUGGUGUUUAUGGCACCCACUGCCAACAACAGUUCCAUCAUCCCUGUCACAUUGUCCACCCCGGAGGCUCAGCCUCGUACUCCUCUUACGGGCCCACGACGCACAAUGAGAAAGAGCACAGAUCUUGUUUUUAUUUAAAGCCAAAAACGUUUACAUUUCAUUCCUUAUACUGUUUAUACUUUAACAUACACACAAAGACACGCACACACACAUGCUAUAUCACCUACACAAAACAUUCCUCAUGGCACUGGUGAGAUUUUUAAGGGAAAGUCCAUUAUGGAGAAGGAGGGGGGGGGGUCUAGAGGAGAUUGUAGGGAAGUUCCCACGUGUUAUUGACCUUGAAAUCCAACUUCUCCCUCCAAGCAAACUCGAAGGUGGUACAUUCCACACUCUUAGGACCAAUUAUUCCAUGCCCUUAUAUGGGUGACAAAUGAAAGGGUUGAAAUUUCCACGUAUUAUGAUUGAGUGUUUUUUUGUCUUCGGAAGAGGCAACAUUUCUCAUAAAUUGGAUGGGAGACCGCCCGAUAAACACCAUCUGUGGUUGGCGUGGGGUUUGCUGGUGGCCAUAUACAAAUUGUCAGCGCGGCAGUGGAUUCUUGAAUCCAUCUGUGUGGAGCUUCCACCGUCACCACCCACCGCCACCACCUCGUAUGCACGGGUUUUCGUGCGGGUUCUUCGAUUUGCUCGCGCACGGAGCCAGACUCUAGAUAACGUGGGACUCUGCGAGGUCUUUUUUGUUAGACAAAUGAAGGAUUCAUGAUUAAUAUGAUUGCGUGUGUGUGCGUGACGUGCGUGCGUGCUGGCGUCAGCCUAAAUCGCAACACUGAGACUGGUCUCUUUUUAUCAAGCUGUGUUUUUAAAAUCAAUAAUUUUUUCGUAGGAUAGUUAUUAGUUACUUACAAAAGUCGAGCCAUGCUGAAGCGAGCAUAUUUACAGAAUGUGACAUGUUUACACGAGCCAGACGGGUUUGGUUUUCUCUUUUUAAACGAGCCUCACACGCGCACUGCAGCAGUAUUGUUGGAAGCGAUUUCCUCGUUUUUCUCCCCGCGGCUAUCUUACGUAGGGGGGCGCAAACAGGUCCCUUCCCGGGAAACAACGUGGCCCCACGUUGGGCCAGCGUCAUCGGCGUUCGGCCGUGGAACCGUCGGAGCGAACGUUGCCCGCCCGACCCCCCUGACGUUCCUACGCUUACCGGGUUGGUACGGUGGAGCAAAAUUUGACGUCGUCUCGCGUGGCAGAACAGCAUGACGACAUUGCCGUAGCAAUAAUGGGUGAAGCCGUGUCCCUGCGUAAGACGCCCGCUAGCCGCCAGCCUAAUGUAUCACGCAAAAAUGUCAACGGUGCAUGUAGCAUCGCAGCCCUUGACUCACUGCUUCCCGCAUAGCCUCCCAGGUUUUGUAUGACUUGGUUUAGCCCCGGGUGACAACUCGGGAGAGAGACCGGAUUAGUCGCAUUUUGCAGAGUGUGCCAGUCAUAAUCCCAAUUUUCAGGGUAAAUUGGCAAACGUUGCACACAAUGCCCUACUCGCGAAAUGGCCUGCUCUUUGCGAAUAACGUCGGGGGUUCUGGGGUGUGAGGAUAUUUAACGUCCGCUGCGAAACACAUCGUGCAGAGUAGUAUUACUACGGAUGCUAUUACUAUCACCGUUGUUAAAGCCGCGGUAUUAAACGUGGCGUCCGAUGGAUUUUCGAACCGUGAGCCUCACUGCAGGACCACGCCACCAACGCCACAGCCCACGUUGGAGGGCUUUAGGAUCAAUCGUAAAAAAAACAAUAUCUAAACAUUUAGGCCUAAUUUUCGUUGCACAGUCGUUCCCGCCGGAGUCGUGGGGUCAAAAAUGUCGUGCCGGUACCAACCGUGGCUCGCCCAAUCGCCAACCAAGAUUUUUUUUCCAUCAUAGAGGUUUUUGAGUUACAUCACGUAAAAUAUAAAUGUGUCGUUAAACCCGCCACCACCCGACACAGCCAAUUAGUUAGGUUUGUCAAGUAGCGGGUUUACCAUCACAUAUUUACGUGAUCUAACCCAAAAACCUCUUCUGGAUAAUAUUGGUUGCAAAAGCCCUACUACUACUACGUGUUAAACUGAAUAUUUUUUUUGCAAACGAUUUUCUCUACAGAUCGUGCAUGCGUCUCAUAGCAAGGCUCACGUGGUAGCUCUCUUUGAUUAAAAUGUUGUUUGGUUAAUGACGGGUAUCGUAACGAGUUUAAUGAUAUUUUUUAUAUUUAUUUGUUUCAUUUAAAAAAAAAACCCCAAUGUGAAAAUGAAGCAUCUUAUAUGAAGUGUCAAAAUAAAGAUGACGUCAGUAAAUUACAAAAAAAACAGAUGGCACGAGCACUGCGAAGCUUGCCCGCUAAACAUUCAAACAAUGUCGGGUCCCAACAUCAACCGACGGUGGCCUCACGUUUGCACGUUUGCUGGGUUGUCCACCUACUGUGGGACACACUGGUGGACGUUUGCCACCCCAAGUGGUGUCCACCGAUCCCACCCCCCCUUGUCCCACGGGCCAAGUGUGUGCGCUUGUGGGGAGCGGCAGCACAGCAGCUGGCGCCCCUCGCUACGAACCCGGCCACCUGGGUUCGAUUCCCGCUCGCGGCCACCAGCACCAGUGUCUGAACCAGUCCUUGGCCACCCCUAGGUCGGCUCGGCCUCCAAUGAGUAGCUGGAGCGUGGUGUGUAAACAUCGCCACUGGGGAGACGAAGACGGCCGGGCGUGGUGCUGACCACCCACCCACUCGUGAACCCGUUCCGGCCUUCAUAGGUGCCGCUCGCUUAUGGCACUUGCCCCGACAGUCUGUUCGCGCUGCACGGGGCGAUCUCCGUCUUUGCACCGCACCCCACGCGAUGGUGGACUUGCAGGCCACGCGUCAUCCCACUCGGCCUGUGGUCCAUCGCUGUCGUCCAAAAAGACGAAGAAGAAAGAACAAACUCAACCGUUCCGUUCGCUGCACAAUUUCAGCUCGCGGAUGCCACGAACGAGCUUGCGUGGGUGACGUCGGUGGCAAUUUCUCUUGUUGUUGUUGUUGUUAUUAUUGCUGUCGUUCGGUUGUAAUUUUGUUUUCUCGCCGUGAAUUUAAUAAAGAGCUCUUCGGUGUUUGAUUCCAAGACUCCCUUCGGGUUGACCGGCCGCAUCCCACUCACGGCAGCUCCAGUGC